UGUUACGAUUGGAACUUAUUACGUAACCUAUGCCUUUGGCGCUAAUGUUUUGUGUAUAAAAAUAGUCGCAAAUAAAGAACUUGAGCUGAAAUAAGAUUUGGAACAACUGAAAGAUUCUAAAUGGCACAAUUUGUUUAUAUUGUUUUAAUAUUGUUGCCAAUCUUUGGAUUUUGUGAAAUCAUUGAAAUAGGAGAUGCACUGGAUUCUGACAAAAAGAAUGCACUUAACAAUUGGAUUCCUCUCGCAAUAUUACCAACAAUGUUUCUCCCGCCUUGUGAAGAUAAAUUCCACGAGCCAAUGUGCCUCGACUCAGCACCAAAAAAUAUGAAAGAUUUGUCAGAUGGUUGUGAUAUUGUUACUUGUCUUUCAAUGACUCUUCAAGUUCAAAUAAACGGGAAAAAUGUAACUCUAUUGAAUCCUGUCAGCGUUUUCGGAUGGAAAUGCAGAGAACCGGGUUCAUGCUUAUCUGAAAAAUGCACUAGUAAUAAAACUCUUCAGUGUUUUAUACGAAGAAAGAAAAAAUGGUGUCCAAAAUAUGAAUGUAGAACAAAAAGAUGCGAAAGAAAACAAUGGGAACCAAUUGCAAACGGAUUGUUUCCAUUUGAAGAGGUUACGGUAAAGUAUCCGUGCGGAUGUGAAUGCGUGGAGAUUGACUAUUCAGAUUCAGACAAGAAGUCUUAAAAUUUCUGAAACAUCCGCCAACCUUAAUCAGUGAUCCGUGAAAGGUUCAGCUACUAAAUUUGCUUUUAAAUUUGUACAUGACACUAACUAUAAGUGUUGCUUUCAUUUUAUUAUUGGUUGCCACUUUCGUAUGCGUUUAUUCGCUUGAAGACAUUUUCAUAUGAUUCAGUUUAGACUAAUAUCAGUGAGAUCACAUAAUAGCUGAAUCGCAUACCAAUUCGACACCCAUUAUUGAA